AUAGUGGUGGUAGGUUAAUACUGGGCACUUCUGCUCAAAUUGUUGUUUCAUGCAAGUAUGCCGGUGGCUACAGGACCAACAAAAGAGCACACAAACCACCUGUCCAACUCAGAUGCAGUAAGUCGAACAAUAUCAAGCACACAUGUUACACAAUGUUCGGUUGAAAUGUCAAAGGGAUGUUCACAAACAUAUGAACAAUAUGACGAUUCCAUUUACUUCACUCGUCAUUCUGAUUCCUUUUUUCAACUCCCGACUGAUGGCCAUCUAUCGCCACCUGGUGCCAUGGGUCAACCCCAUUCUUCACAUCUUGCUGCGGGGUUCGAUACAAGGGAAUUCCCCCGACGUAGAUUAAUGACAGCAACAGAAAUGGAAGUUGAAGCAAUUCGAGCUUCUCCUACACCUUGUGUUGCACCAAGGAAGUCUGACAGUCCAACAAGAAAAAGACUUCGUACGUCAUCAUGUAAUGAAUUACCCGGUUACCAUGGCAACAGUCGACCAAUAGAACAAGAUCAUUUGAGACGUCGAGUUUCCACGUUAAAAAAGCGAGUUUCUCAACAACCAACAAUCACAGGAAGUGAUGGAGAACAUUUUUCAUUGGUCGAUUCAAUUCACCAUGUGACAUCAUCACCCAAUAACUUAGAUCUGACGACACCGCAUUCCUCAUAUUACGAACCACCUGGAUUGGAUAAUUAUGACAUCACACAUACAAUUAACGACGGGCACAGAAAUUACGACAUUCCUGUCGCGUCAAACGAUGAGAUUGGGCGAAAUACCCCUGUUCCUCGUGGGGAUUCCCCAAUGAAUGUGGAAGAUUUCAUUUCGAGCUUAAACGAGGGGGUUCCCCCUCAGUGUAUGAACCCCAGUGUUGGUGAAGCGAUGUUGUUGGAUGAAAACUCAAUCGAGCACAGCUACAGUAACCAUGGUUACGAGCGGUCACGCACCAAUACACAGUUGCCACAACAACCACCGACCAAUCCGAGACGAUACGAUUCAACUCACCAUCGACACCCAGUGGUGAUUGGUAUGGACAGGAUGCAAUAUACGAGCGCACUCCCCAUCUCUGUGCCUGUUACCAUGACAACGGUACCAUACCAUGGCUACAGCGGGAACCCCCGUACCCACCCAGGGCCAUGCUCCAUACCCCCAAGGGUUGUGGCUUUCCCCACCCAAACAGCACCAGUGUUAUCCACAUGUACUCGACCACCUAUGAACCUACAGCCACCACCACAACAACCACAACACAUUGCACCUUACCCCUACCAUGAUAUGCAUCAUAUAUAUCCAACCAACCAUCUUCCAUUUCCAACUGUACCAAUAUCAAGGCCCACCACACACCCACAUUUGAACUCAACACGACCAACUCACGUUGAUCAUCUUGUUUCAACCAUCGGGGGGAACCAGAGAGCCAUCUACCCUCUCCCAACCAUAUCCGGUCAAAAUCGACCAAUUAGCUCAACCCAACCGGUUCCGCCCCAGUUGUUCGGUUACCGUGGCAACAUCCUGUACAGAGAGGGUCAGUGUGGGGGGUUACCCUCCCGACAGCGCACGGUACCUGUGGGUCAAUCAACUUACCCACAUCAUGUGUUCACCUACGGUGAUGCAUCACGAGCUCAUUAUAUCAGGAAUCGGCAAAUGCCCAUCCCAUACCCUGGUAACUUACAAGCUGAACAUCCUCGAAUAAACGAAGACGCUGUACCAGUAGGUGGGGCUGCUCAGCCACCUCGGGCAGUUGCCAUGCCAACCACAUUCAUGCCGGCAGUACCAGCGCUGUAUCAUCACGAUUAUUCAGUUGAUGGUCACUCAGCACAGAAUGGUCACCGGGGUGCAGCAUCGAGCGCUGUGCACGCUCCAUCAUUGCAUUCACAUCCUAUUGUGAUGUCACCAUGGAACGUACCACAAGUGAUUCCACCAUUACCACAAUUCCUUGCUUUCCCACUCCCCACCCUCCCAGGUUUCAUGUUUAACCCUUUCAUGACCUUUCGGCCUCUGCUGGCAUUGGACGAAGAUGUUGACCCAACCAACUAUGAGGCUUUGAUCAACCUGGCUGAGAGAUUGGGUGAAGUGAAGCCACAAGGAUUAUCCAAACCAAGGAUUGACCAGCUUACUUCAUAUCGAUUCAAACCUGGUUUAUCGAGUCCGGAUCAACCAAUAUGUGUUGUGUGUAUGUCGGAGUGGGAACCCAAGCAGCUGCUUCGUGUGUUGCCGUGCAAACAUGAAUUUCACGCAAAAUGUGUCGACCGCUGGCUAAGAUCAAAUCGUACCUGCCCCAUAUGUCGGGGUGAUGCGGGCCAGCAACGUUCUCGGUCUACUCACCGUCCUUCCGGUCACGUGCGUAACCUAGCAACAACGCAAUGACGUCAAAUGCUGUUUCCUUCUGUUGCCUUAUAACACAAAAAAUCCAUUUAACAAAAAAUAAUUAUUUGGCUGCACUGCCUGCUUAGAUUCACCUGCUGCUUCGUAAUAUUGAACAUUGUGACAUAAUUGUCGGAACAUAAUUAGAAGAUAUAAAUAUUGGGGGAAUCCUGAAAGAAUUUAUUUUGUUAAUAGAAAUUCAUUUACCGCCAUCCAGCUGCGAUAGAGAGCGCUCGUCGUUGUACUUAAUUGUUACGUUGUAAUGAUGGAUUUGUUUGAUUAAUUUGAUAUUAAUGGUCGUCCCAACAUAGAAUCAAUAGUUUUAAACGGAGCACUGAUUAGUUACACGAGUGAUGAGUUAUUAUACCGUGUACGUCCCUUGCAUGAGUUUCAUACCUCUUUCUGUCGUACAGUGCCUUUUUUGUUCUUCAUAAAAUCUCACUAAAAAUAUCCUCGCCCGCGCACCUGGAAUUCAUAAUUCGUGUAUCAGAUCGUGUAUUGUUACGUCACCAUCGCAGUAUUUUCCUUAAUCAGAAACACGGAAUGAACUAUUAUGACGUAAUGUAGUACUAGCCGGUGGGCCACAGUGUUGUUGAAAGUGGCAUACUUUUUACUCGGCAACAUAAUUCAUGCAGUUUUCUUGGAUAGCACUUGAUUUGUAUUUUUGUUGUGGUUUUUCACUCGUUUUUCUUUCCGUUUCUUUUUCCGUCGUCGUUGAUCGGCGGUAUUUUGCCUUUCCGCGGUAAUUGGAGUGUUCGAUCCCCGCCAAAACAUCUUCGUGGCUUCAAUCGUCCGAAGCAAUUUUCGUUGUUUGUUCUUCUUUGUUAUCGUCUCCGUAGCAAACCUUCGUUAUCGAAGUAAUGUUUUGUAACCUUGAGAUUUUUCCCUAUUUUACUCGAAACAUUCGUGACGUCACGUAUUACGUCAUUCCCACGCAUUCAUAUUUAGUUUGGAACUUACUAAACCAGAUUUCAUUUUUCAUGAAUGAGGUUGCCCCUCAGUAGUUGUAUUAUAUAGAAACUAACUCAGCGUGUUCGUGUGUCUUGCUGUGUGACGUAAGAAUGCACCACAAUUAACACUAUGACGUCAUAGUUUAACCAGCUGUAAUUAGAACUAACAGUGUCGAUUGAAAGCACCCUGUAAUAACGUAACAAUUAUAGGAAUUGUUUUUUAACAAAUUCUGUUGUUUCAAAUUAAGUUGUUGUGACGUCACCUAUAUUGUGUUACCAGUGUUGACCGUAUAAAAACCUGCCAACUUUACAUACGGUCAACACUGAGCGUUCUUGUGUGGUUGGCGUGUUUCACAAUAAAUUCGCAUUGCGCGUAUGGUGUGUU